GCUACGUUGUAUGUUCGAUGGAGGAUUGAUAAUUGCGACGGGCUUUGACUCCAACGAUUUGUAGGUGCAAGAUUGCCUUUUAAUUGUGGGAAAUGGACACCCAGAAGUUCUCCCUCAGAUGGGAUGCAUUCCAGAGCAGUGUUACUUCACUGUUUGACCACCUCCGACAAGACGAGGAGCUGGUGGACAUCACCCUGUGCUGCGAGGGACAGAAAGUCAGGGCACACAGAAUGAUGUUGUCUGCCUGCAGCCCGUACUUCAGGGAACUUCUCAGAAACAACCCAUGUCAGCAGAUGGUGUUCUUCCUGAAGGACACGUCGGCCGCCGACCUACGGGCCAUCAUAGAGUUCAUGUACAAAGGCUGCGUGAACGUGGCCCAGAGCCAGCUGGCCAGCUUCAUCAAGACGGCAGAGAUGCUACAGAUCAGGGGUCUCAGUGGCGAUGAUGAUAAGCCGUGCUCGUCGCCGGGUGGCGGUGCUCCGCCGCCACCGUCGGCCGCCGACGCCGCGCCGCCGCCGGCCAAACGACGC